UGAGGUAGCAGCCGGCCUUCCCGUUCGAGCAGGCAACGUAGGAGUCCUCUCCGUAGUAUUUCAUACUGCGAUGACGCAGCGUCACACCGUUCACCUCGCAGUCCUUGCUAGUGGUCGUGGUCGCUUCGUUCGCGACUUCCUCCGUAGAGUCCCUAAAGACCUUAAUGUGCACCGACGUCUCCUGUUCCGCGGCCACCAAGGCCAACGUCGCCAGUGUCACCAACACAGCGCACCGGAUCCAUCCCGCCAUGUUUCUAAAGAGGUUCUGUUUGACGUCAAGCGAGGAGACGAACAAAGUGCCAAUGGAGCGCCAGACAACCGGACUAGUGCUAACUGGUGGCUUGUCAACCGUCUGAGUUUUCGGUCGAGAUACUCGUCACCUAUCUGGAGGUAAGGUAAGAGCUUGAUUGGGUGUACAGCGAAUGCUGUUCACUGUCUGUCGUCACGCUUCUGCCGGUGCUGGACAGCAGCUCUCAAAGUGGCCGUCAAGAUGUUGCGGAGUCUUGGUGUCGACUUGAGUUGUUGAUCGCUGCGACGCCUCUCCUCUUCGCGAAAAUUCGAGCUUAUCCACACAAAACAACAAGUGAGUCACGGAUAAAAUGACCAAAGAAAACCUUGAACGCCGCCAAAUGUGUGGGUAGAGGAGAGCACCUGGCAGUGGCGACUCGGAUGGGAGACUUCCAUAAUGACCCCGACCAGCGAAUCUAGGUAUAGUGAACGCAAGUGAUGGAGAGUCAGAUCAGGCUGCUCCGGCUUUACAGAUGCUGGAGCAGAAGACGUUUGACAAUCUGGGGACGGAACAUGUCGCCGUCUGGGUCUGGGCUGCCCAGCGCUGAUGGGCUGGAGCCUUUACCCGAGUGCUUUGUAUAAUAUCCACCACAGUCUCUCGUACCGAGGCUCACCUCUGCACGAACUCCUAAAUCUCAAGGCAGGACAUCGGCUGCAUUUACGAACUCAAUCGUACGAUUCUCAUCUUUUUGCAUUGCGCUGCAAGACUAUCCUGGUGGAGGACAGAGUGCAGAAAGCUACACACGAUGAACUCCCGGCCCAUGAAUGUGCUGGUCGUGGCGGUGACACUGCUGGUCGCUUGCUGCGCGCUGGUGUUCGGUACGUACACGUAUCCGCAGUGCGCGACAGACGGCAAAGGCUGCUGCGAGUUCGGCACGGGCUUAAUGAGGAACCGCGGCUACGUGAUGAUCGAGCUUGAGGGCGACGACAUGGUCGUAACCUGCCACAAAGGUGUGCUGCGCUGCUCGUACGAGAACCCCAACAAGAAGGCCCACUACGACGCCGCAGAGAACGUCACGUGUCCUGAUUUCACCUCGAUGAUGGAGUCGCGUUCAGAGAUCACCUACCUGGAGGGCGUACAGGCCCAGACGACGACUGCUGACGAUGAGUCGGCUGCCGGCACGGUCAAGGCGGCGGACAUUUCGACCUAGGCUUCCAUGUAAAAUCUAAAGCGUUCGUCCAUUGUUACGUUGUUGUGAGUCCAUUCAGCCCUAGAUAAACACGGUAAUCGAAAGUAAAUGUCGUUCUAGUUAUCGAGACAGCGUCUACGGCUUCAGGGGAUAUGAGCAAGAUAAAACAAUUUUAUUGUGAGUCUAAGGCGAAAAGCCCAGAGUUUAGUGGGGAAUAUACCACGGAUGACAUUCAUCAUGUCAAGUUAAAUAGCAGACGCGCGAUUCCGUAUCCGAGAGCUUCCCCAUGGCUCUCCUGAUCGAAGCUA